GUUCGUUUUACAAUAUUCCGGCUGAGUACAUCCGCCAUGUUCUACUUCGACCGCUCUUCAAAUGUGUCCCCGCAUUUCGCUUAAGUUAAGCGUGAAACAACACAUUUAUUAUGACUAAUACAUUUAGCCUUUACUCUGCCAACCUAUUUGCACUAUGGGAAAAGGAUAGCAAUAUUUUGCUGCCCUAAAUUCCCAAGAAGCUAAUGCUAUGGCAAAGCUAUCGACGGCGUUGGAGUCAAGUUGUUGUUAUUCUGUGAAAUGCCGCCCGUGCGCCGCCUCAAAAGGGUUCUGCCCCUCCAGGAGAAGAUCAACCUCCUGGAUUUGCUCAAAGAGGGCAAAAGGUUUGCCGAGGUUGCCCGCUAUUAUGACCUCAACGAGAGUACAGUACGCUACAUCAAGAAGAAUGAGACGAAGAUCAGGAUGAGGCAUAAUAGCUCGGGUGGACUUGUCAAAUGUGAAACAAGCGGGGAGAAUGUUGCAGAUGGUGGCCAGCCCACUAGUAACUUCUCAGAGAGAUGUUUGGGCAGCUUCAAAACUAGUGAAAAUGCCAACCUCCAACCCCAAGUCUCCACUGAAAGGCCCAAACGGAAAAGGCAAUCAAACUUGUCUUGGACGUCACCGGUAACGUCAGAUUGGGGUGAAGCAGAAGUUGAAGUAGAACUGGAAAAUGACAAAGACGCAAAUGGUCACAGGCUGAAAAACCAGAAAAAUGUGGAGAGAAACGACAAGUUGCAGACCAAAGCGUGCAUGGCAGACGAGGCAGAGCACACGCACGACACCUACAUUUGCCACAACUGUCCACGGCGUUUCAAGACGCGCUCCCAUCUGGAAGAACACCUGCGUUUGCAUGAUCCCGACCCAGGUCUGCAGUGUCCCACCUGCCUGCGCUUCUUCACCAGCAGAAGCAAACUGCGUCUGCACCAGCUCCGCGAGGCUGGCACAAAAACCCACCGUUGUCAUCUGUGCGACUACUCGGCCGUGGAGGCCAACGCCAUCCGCCGCCACCUGCUCGCCGUCCACGCGGAUGAAAUCGAAGAUGACCCAAAGCUCCACGGCUACGCGUGUCCCGCUUGCGGUCAAAGCUUUGGCAAGAGCCAGACACUGAAGGCUCACAUGAAGAGCAAGCACGUCCAAGCACCCAAAACGGCGGUGGCGUGCUUUCACAGCGGUUGUCCUUUCCGGAGUCAUUUGCGCAGGGCUCACAUGCGGCACUCGGCAGAGGAGCACGGGAUCACAGCGGUGGCGUGUCGCCAUUACGCUUGCGUGGCGGUCUUUCCCAGCAUGGAGAGCAUGGAGGCGCACUUCAGGACUCAUCUGGCUUACCACUGCUCGCAGUGCGAGUUCUCGUGUUCCAACAAGGCCGCUUUGCUGGAGCAUCAAGGACAGGGCCACGCGGGCAGCCAGAAGCACUGCUGCGACUUUUGCCACUUUUCAACAUUCAACCCGGUGGAGUUCAAACGACACGUGGAACGCUCGCACGCCAACGAGAAGAUCCACCGUUGCUCGCAAUGCGACUACAAGACCUCACACAAGAGUGCCUUGAAUCGACACGUUCUGACACAUAGUGAUGAGAAGCCCCACAAAUGUCACUUGUGUGACUACCGCUGCCGAGAAGAGUCGUACCUCUCCAAGCAUAUGCUCACACAUUCGGGCGACAGGAACUUCCUGUGUGAGGAAUGUGGUUAUGUCACCAAGUGGAAGCACUACCUCACCGUCCACAUGAGGAAGCACGCCGGAGACCUCAGGUACGAUUGCGAUCAGUGCUCAUACCGUUGUCAUCGCAUGGACCAGCUCAACAGCCACAAACUACGACAUCAGGCCAAAACGCUGGUAUGCGAGAUCUGCGCCUACGCCUGCAAACGCAAAUGUGAGCUUCGCAAUCACAUGUUGCUCAAACAUUCGGCUGAGGGAACGCCGGCGUCUGUGCACAAGUGCAACUACUGCCCGUACACGACGUGUUUCCGGCAAGCCCUUCAAAACCACGAGAAUUGUAAACACACCAAACUGCACCAAUACGGCUGCGCUCUCUGUUCCUAUUCGUCGUUCAGUCGCAUCAGUCUCUUCCUGCACAAGAGAAAAGCUCAUGGUUACGUGCCUGGCGACAAAGCCUGGCUGGACGAUUAUGCAGCUAAAGAAAGGGAAAAGUAUUCCAAUAGCAUGUUGGAGGACUCGCUGAUCGCUAAUGAAGUGUCCAAGGAAGAACCAGUUCCAACAGGACAGCCUGAUCCCGGGGCUCUAGAAGAUCAGUUUGUUGGUGAAACUACCGUAGAUCCUUCAGAAGCCGUUCCGUUACCGGAUGCUGAAGAUGCCGUGAAUAAAGAGGCGACCGGUGAAAGAACAUCGCAGACUUCUCUACCUGAUACCAGUCCAGAAUACUGCACUCUUGUUUUAACAACAUUGACUCCUGAAUGUGAAACAUUCUUUCUUCCUAAUGAGGACGCAACUUCUCACAUUACGUCCACCAACUCGGAUUCGGCCAAAGAAAGAGAUGCUAUCGUUUCGUCAACCAACUUGGCAGAAGAUGAGCGAAAGGCUCUUCUUUACAAGUGUGAAAAAUCAUGCUAUGAGUCUGAGGAUGGAACUCCAAAAUGUCCACCGGAAAAAAAGCACGUCUCGGUGCACGAUUGUCUUUUAGAGCCUACAAGUACACAAGAUGAAGCUCUUGUCCUGGACGGCAGAGUCCAGAUGCUUGCGAUGCCAACGCAGGACGUUUAUCGCUGUGACCGGUGCUCUUAUGUCACCAAGACGGAGAAAACGCUUCAGCGCCACCGCCGAUCUUUGUGUCGUGGUAGACCACGAUAUCACAAGUGCCAGGCCUGCGGUGCGCAGUUCAAGCAGAGACGGGGCCUUGAUGGCCACCUUGCUAAGAAGUGCCCACAAGCGCAAGCAUUUAUUGGCCAACAAAUAGAGGAUACUGCCAAUCAGGACACUUCUGAAAACCUCAGAAGAGCUGAAGUUCUCUCUCAACCAAAGAAGAUUUCAGCAGAAGUCCAUGAUUCAAAUGUCUCUGUUCAUAGUGUCUUGACAUCCAGUGACCCAGAGCGUAAUCCAAGUCACCAUGGAGAUAUUCCGGUCCAUCAAAACAUAGCACAUCCCCAAAAAUUCAUGUGCAACUUUUGCAGUUUUUCCUCAGUCAAACUCGCAACAGUCAAUCGACAUAUUUCCAGUUGCGCAAAAAGACAAAAAGACAGCCAAGUAGCCAGGACGUCAGUCAACGAAAAACAACCUGUUAAGGAAACUCCUGGGAAAGGCAGAUCGGGAAAGGCUUUAGCUCUCCAGGAAGAGAGCGAUGUGGUCCAGAGUUCCUCGUCUGCCGCCAAGCCGAAGCAUUCGCAUCAGAGCUCUCCCGUCAAGCGAGAAAAACACAAGGCACGAAAGCAGACGGGUGCCUCGUCCCCUCACGCGUGCCGUCACUGUCCUUUCACCACCACCAGGCGCUACCGUUUGGAAGAGCACCAAUCCCUUCACACGGGAACCGGACGCCACGUCUGCGAUGUUUGCGACAAGACGUUUGGAGCCGCCACCAAGCUGCGGCAGCACAAGCUACGCGUUCACGACAGGCGUCCCCCCGCUCUGCCUUGCUCAUUUUGCGACUACUGUGGCUACACGGCGGACGACUUGAGGCGACACGCUCGCAGGUGCCACACGGGGGACUCGCGUCACCACUGCGCCGAUUGCGAGGCUCGCUUCGCUUCGGAAGCGGCUCUCAGAAACCACCGCGUGCGAGCUCACCGGCAGCAGGCGCGUUUCUCCUGCCAGAGCAGCGAGACUGCACUGAGGAACCAUCAACGGAGUCACACUUUUCAGACCGUGGACGACAUUGAAGCUCAUGUGAGAAUCCAACUCGCUCACCGCUGCCAGCUCUGCUCUUUUGCCGGCAAAACCAGGCAGCUCCUCGCACAACACCUUCUGGAUGAGCAUGAGGGCGAUCCCCCCUCAGACAAAGCACUCCGGUGCGGAAGCUGCGCGUUCGUUUGUCGGCACCCGCUGGUGUUGGAAUGCCACCUGCGCUCACACGGCGGAAAGCGCAUGUACAAGUGCGCCGAUUGCAAUUACUCGACGGGCAACAAGCAGAAGAUCACCUGGCAUGUUCGCAUUCAUACGGGGGAGAAGCCCUACAGGUGUGAGCAUUGCGGCUAUGCCUGCGUCGAUCCCUCCAGGCUCAAGCUUCAUAUGAGGGUUCACGGAGAUGAGAAGAAGUACCUCUGUCCAGAGUGCGGCUACAAAUGCAAGUGGGCCACUCAGUUGAAGUACCACAUGACCAAGCAUACAGGGGAAAAGCCGCACGCCUGCGACCAGUGCGACUACCGCACCAACCGGGCGGACGCCCUCCGCACCCACAGGACCACGCGGCACUGUGACGUGCGGGCCUACGUCUGCGAGGAAUGCGGCAAAGCCUUCAAGACCGGCUUCAUCCUAAAGACCCACCAGCGGCAGCACGGCGACCGGCAGCCGUACACUUGCGGGGUGUGCCACAAGGCCUUCCGCUGGCCCGCCGGCCUCAGGCACCACUUCCUGACCCACGCCGAGCUGCUGCCUUUUAGCUGUCGUCACUGCCCGUACAAAGCCAAGCAGAGGUUUCAGGUGGUAAAACAUUUGCAGAAGCACCACCCGGGGAUGCCGGUAGAGCAGGGUGUGGCGAGGGACUCGGACGCCGCUGGCCUCACCCUGAAGGAGGCUAUGCAAGGAACGCUCAACAACCAAGGAGCGCACGAGGAACAAGAUGGAGACACCGUGAAGAGCAGAUAAACUGUGAGUUGAAGGCCAACAAAUGUUUGUAUCCUAUAUUUUUACAGUGAAAUAAUGAGCAGCACAAUGUCAUCAAACCACAGGGAUCUUUAUUUUGGAUGCAUAGAAUAAGGUUUGCAUAUACCAACAUUGGACACGACAGGCUGUGUGCGCACGGCCAACUCAUGCAAGCUUGCAUGUUGUUUGUUAGAAAGAUCAAAUAACAAAGCUGCAUAACAUUUGCAUAUACAAGAUCAAUACUUAGUGUUCGAUAAACAUCUUCUGACUCCGUCCGGCACUCCUUUUUGGGGGCCCAUUUGAACAAUGCUCUGAUUUGCAGCAAAGCACUGCACAAUUGUAGAUAUUAUUUCCAGGUAAGGCAGCCACAAUUGGAGAACGGGAAUUUGGGGGGCCUUCUUGGUCUCGCGUUGAUAAAAAUGAUGCUUCAUGAUUUUAACUGUUUAAAUCAUUGUGGAAUUUUCUUUCUCUGUGAUUAAUGAAUCAAUGGAUACUGAUGUUCACUUUUUAAAGGGAACGUUUACACAACAUGGCAAUUGAUUAAGAUAAAAUACACGUCAAAUGAGAAUAUUUCAUUUCGAGUAUUAGUACAUUAAGAAGCAUUUCAAAAUGCAUUUUUAGAAAUAAAAAUAUGGAAGCAAUAAA